CAGCUGUUUAAGCAGCUGUUGAGUGUGGCUAGUGUUAAGUUUGUGCUGCCAAAACACACACACACACAUACACACACACACUGUUGUAGCCUUUGCACCAGUGCCCGGCCAAGAGCAGAUUCAUCAUGGAGCUCCCUGCAGCAGAGAAUAAACAUGACAAAACUGAUCGCGUCGAGAGCGAGACGUCGUGCGAACCCAAUAAAAUAGAGAAGCAGGCAAGUGGCGGCGAGUUGAAGGCAAAGACCAGCGAGGACAACGACAGCCCAGGAUCCUCUGAGCCUAAGAAGGAAGAGGAAACCUCGUCGAAGCAGGUGGAAGCAACGCCGUGGAUGGUUCCACCCAGGACCUUUUGCAAUAAUUGGAUCCCCACCAUUGGGAAGGAAGAAAGAGCAAAAUUGAUGCGCCAACAGGAGCGUGAAAGGCGCGCAGCAGGUCGGAUUCAAGGGAUAACGCCGAUGGACGAAUUUAGCAGCGACUCCGAUUGAUUGCCUCGUGACCACACCAAUUCCAAGCCAUGUCAGAUGACGAGAAAGGAAAAUUUUAAAAGUAUAGUUUGGUCAUCCUAUUGCGAAAAGGGUGAGAAAAAGGGUGACGAAAUAAAAUUGCGUUAAGUAUCCUCAUUCUUGCAUUUUAAUUCUCUCUGUUCACACUUUUUUAUUUUGUUCUAGGGAUUAAACAAAAUAAAUUUCAAAUUCACAAUAAGCUGGGGAAAGCCAAAUCCCAAA